AUGUCCGGCGAUGGAAACUCCAGCGGCGGCGGCUCCGGCAGGCGGCGCUCCGGCGGGCUCGACUUGAACUCGUUCGACGAUUGGGCGAGCAUGUACAACUUUUUGGGUGGAGGCUUCGGCUCCGGCAGGAUCGGCGUCAAUGCCGAGGAGGAAGAGGGCGACCACGAGGUUGUGGUGGACGGCGGCCGUCAUCCAUACAGCCAAAACGAGACGUUGGCUCUGUACGACACUUGGAUCAGCGUCUCGUACGAUCCUGUCGUCGGAAAUCAACAAACCAACAAGUGUUUUUGGAAAAAAGUCACCGAAGUUUACAACGCACGAAGGCCGAAGAACACCUUUGCCCGCAACGUGAAGAUGCUCCGCAGUCAUUACCGAUGCGACAAAGAUGUCAAAAUUUUUUGCGCGAUAUUCAAGGCAGAAGAGGAGAAUUAUCAAAGCGGAGCCAGUGGAGCCGACAUUCUGAGAGCGGCGUUGCAGGUCUUCAAAGACGACGUCUAUAAAGAUUUCAAGUUUGUCGAUGUUUGA